ACCGCCAGUCGUUGACAGGUGGUGCGCAGUUCUGCUCGAAACACGCGAGCGUGCGAUUCUGCGAUGCAUACGGAGUCUCCCUCCACGAGAUCGGAGACUCGUACGCGUCGAUCCGCUAAUCGGCGCCCUCGUGGCUUGUCCGCUCGAGGGCAAGGUCGAGAGAGAAACUGAAGAAGGGACGCGAAGGGACGGAGAAAGAGAGAGAAAGAGUGGGAAUCGCGUACAGGGGUGGUGGGAUGCGCCAGACAUUUGUCGACUAUAGAGAGAACCGAGAGGGAUGAGAACAAACGUCUCGAGAACUUGGCGAUUAAUCUCCCUAUUUUCCUCCUUGCUCCGAUCGCAUGGAGAACAUCUGGUAUCGUCCUUCCGAAAACGCGCGAUCGUCCCGCGAGCUUAAUCUUGGAGGAAUCGUCAUUCGUCGCAAGUGUCCGUAGUCACGAUCUCUCGUCUUUUGCGAACUCGGCUAUUAUUUUCGAUCCGGAUUAAGAGGAGCAGCGUCGAGAAAGAGAGAGAGUCUGUCUCGAUCCGAAGAUUAUACACACAGGGCGCUUCCUUCCCUUCCUCGCUUCGGAUGGAAUGCCCCUCCUCGCGCGCCCACCCUGUCAGGACGUCAGCUGGAACUUGCGUGGAACGUCCUGGUUGCGCGAUGUGCCGCCGCUGCAGUUUCUAGUCCGCUCCGACAGACGGUAGCGGCCGAAGAAGACAGGAGGAACGGAGGAGCGGCGAUCGUUAGAUCGCCUUCGUGGAGAAAAGUCCUAUAUAUAUAUAUAUAAGGGAGACGCUCCGGAACUCCCAUCGAGUCAACAGGCAAGGAGAGAGUGCACGCGGGUAAUUUCUCGUGCGUCGACUUGUGAGUUCCACAUCUCCUCUCUCGGCUCCUUCCUCCGGCUCUCUACGCGCAGUCGAUCUUGCAGCGCAUAUCUUAUCCGCGGCAAGGUCGGGGACGCCGUGUUACAGUCCGGUUGUCGGAUGUGGUGCACGCAAUCGGCGGCCACGGAAGCGGUAGAGUCAUCUGCGUCGGAGACAGCGGUCCGGAACUCGAACGAUCUGGCAGGUGAAAAGGUAUAUUGCAUGAGAAGGGGAGAUUGCCGGUGAUGGACAAUGAGCAACCGCACCAGGAACUGGUCAAGUGCGUGGUCGUGGGUGACACGGCAGUCGGAAAGACCAGACUGAUCUGCGCCAGAGCUUGCAACAAGCACGUGUCAUUGUCGCAGCUCCUGACCACUCACGUGCCCACAGUCUGGGCUAUCGACCAGUAUCGGAUUUACAAGGAUGUGUUGGAGCGAUCUUGGGAGGUAGUAGACAAUGUAAACGUGUCGCUACGUCUUUGGGACACAUUUGGCGAUCACGAGAAGGAUCGACGUUUCGCAUACGGCAGGUCUGACGUCGUGUUACUAUGUUUCUCCAUAACCAAUCCCGUUUCCUUGCGAAACUGCAAGGUGAUGUGGUACCCCGAGAUAAGAAGGUUCUGUCCGCAAACUCCGGUCUUAUUGGUCGGAUGCAAAAACGAUCUGCGGUACAUGUACCGGGACGAGACUUAUCUCAGCUACUUCCGCGAUCGCAGUCCUUUUGUAAGGGCUACAAGAAAGAGCGAUCUGGUAAUGCCAGAUCAAGCACGGGCGGUAGCGCGAGAACUCGGCGUUUGCUAUUACGAGACGAGCGUCUUCACUUAUUAUGGUGUGAACGAAGUGUUCGAAAAUUCAAUACGCGCUGCCUUGAUCGCACGUCGUCAGCAGCGUUUCUGGAUGACGAACCUGAAGAGGGUGCAAAGACCUUUGUUACAGGCGCCGUUUUGUCCACCGAAACCUGUACCGCCGGAGGUAUGCCUGGCUGCGAGUACCUAUGAGGAGAACAUGAAGAGCCUGUGGACAAGACCAGUUCACACGGACGUGACUCUGAUAGCUAGCAACUGCACGUUCUUGGCUCAUCGGUGCUUGCUCGCCGCGGCGUCGCCGGCGUUUCAUCGGUUGUUCUCGAUGGAACUCUCCCAUGAACUGACACCGCGCAGCUCCAGCGAGUCCAGCAUGGUGAGCACUUUCGGCGAGGCCACCGUCGGUGACUUCAACGAAGAUACCGAGUGCCUAAUUCGUAUCGAUCAAAGCAAACCCGCAAAAGUUUGGGAACAACUUAAACGACGAUCGAGUUUUCAAGUACUGCCGACGGUGGAUAAUCAGAGGAAAGCUAACGGCGCGACGAAAGAUCUGAAUCAUCCUGCCUUCCAAAAUAUUCGUAUAUGUCUGACUGAAAACGCGAACGGAGUGCAGCAACCUAUGACCGUGGUUACGCUGUCGAAGCUGAUCACGCCGCAGGCAAUGCAGCAGUGUUUGCAAUUCAUUUAUACGGGCAGCUUGGAUAAACGGUAUCACGAUCUACAAACAGCUCCUAUCGGGCUUCUACUGGAGAUUAGGCAGGCGGCCGAGUUCCUCGAGCUACCACAGUUACUCAUGGUGCUCGGCAGCAUACAGACGCGAGAGCAGUUUGUCAAUAGCGAUCUCAAUAAUCGGUACAAGCAAGUGGUUAGACAACGACUGGAGGACAUCUGCCUGGAGCAAGGUCUCUUCGCUGAUGUGAUGUUCGAGUUGGAUGAUGGCAGCGUACCGGCCCACAAAGCGAUUCUCACUGCCCGAUGCGACGUGAUGAAAGCCAUGUUCUCUGGCGAUUUUCGCGAAAGCAGCGCAAAAGUCAUAGUCUUUCCUGGAGUAAGGGAGUAUACAUUCCACAAGUUGCUGUGCUACCUUUAUACGGAUGAAGUGCCGGCAAUUUCUUCGGCCAGAUGCCUGAACCUAUUGGAACUAGCCAACAGACUCUGCCUUCAACGAUUAGUAAAUCUAGUCGAGAGCAGGGUGAUUGAAGAUCUUGAUCGUCUUUCGCAAAACGAGGGAAACGACGCCGUCGAAAACUGCCUGAGAUUGUUGGAGCCGUGCAAGCUACACAAUGCCGAUCAGCUGGCCGACUGGUGCAUGAAUCAUCUCUGCGUUAACUAUAAUAAGUUAUGUAAAAUGUCGCCUCGCAGUGUGCGGCUGCUUCAUCCCGAGAACCAAGAGUAUCUGAACGAGCACCGAUGGCCGCCAGUUUGGUAUUUGAAAGACUACGAUUACUACCAGAAGUGUCUGGCAGAGCAGGAUCGUGAGAACAAGCCGACGUUGAAGCGGAAUCGUAACCAGUCUGGCUGUCUGUGUUUCUCAGGCUCGAGCAAGACCAGACGAGAGGGUAGCACCGGGAACGGGGGUGGUGGUGCUGGCACGACGUCGACGACGUCGAACGAGACGCCGGCGGAUCGGCCGCUCUUUGAUGCCUCCACCGAAUCGGGCGAGCAGGCCGUAUGACAGGAGCCAAGCGGCCUCAGCCGCUCAGUCAGAUUCAUCUUGAUCUUACCUGUGCUCAUGGUCUUCAUAUGCACUAUUUUUACCAUUUUGAUACUGCUACAGAUUUAUACUUAAGCGAACCGCGCAGAACGAAGCUAUGCGUAAACGCACGUAAAUACACAUGAAUAUAAUAUACACAUACAUAUAUACAUACAUAUGCAUACAUAUGCAUGAACAAACACGAGAAUACACGCAUACACACACAUAUACACAUACAUAACGCCGAUGAUCAACGAUCAAAGGGCGAAAAAAACUGAUCCGAGGGUUAACUUAUCGAGAUGUAUUCGAUUCUUAGCCCGAGAGGUCAAAUUUCAAAAAUUCCUCUAUGAAGUACAUAAUUUCUUUUUUUCUUCUAACAAUGUGCACUCUCCAUUUUUCGCGUCGUGUAUUUUUAAAAGCGCGACCGCCGACGACUCGGAUUCUUGCGAGUGUCCGUGAAUUUUUUCGUACUUGCGGACUUUUGUGAUGCAGCUCACACUUUUACCUUCCGCAAGCGACAGCUCACACUUUUACCUUCCGCAAGCGCGACAAAUGAGAACAGUAUUUUUCAAGAAAAGAUUUCCUACUUUCUACACGCGUUGAUACUUCGGUGUGUGUACAUUCAGAGACAAGAUUGUGUGGAUGCUGAUACGAAUAAAGAUCAGAGCGCUCUUUCUUCAUAUUUUUUCUUGUAAAAACGAUUAUACGAAUAAACAUAUCCAUAAACAAUUGUUUCACACAUGUACAAAUAUGUCUCAACAUCGCGAAAAAAUGGCAAUCUAUACAAAAAAAUAGAAAAGCAAAACUGAAAAAAAUAAUGUAUUAUUUUUUAUCAUAUAUAAAAAAAUACAAUGAUAACUCCUUCAACUGCUCUUGUUCAAUUUUAGUCAUAUAGUUUUAAAAAGAUAUUUUCAUAUAAAAAGUAUGUGAAGUCAUAUCAAGACACUAGAUGAUGUGAUAGAAAGAUGGAUGUAAUAUAUGAAGAAUAAAGAGCAUGGAUAAAAAAAGACUAGUUAAAUAGUAUAGUGUUUAGAGUUCUCGAGACACGUUGUAUGUGAUAAAUUUGUACGCGCAUACAUUUAUUGAUAUUCAAUGCUUUGCCAUCUCUGUAAAACAGGAUCGUCGAUUAUAAAUUAGGAAAUUAUAAUAGGCUCGAGUGUCCACUCAUUGUUGUCCCUGAUUGUAUGUUGCCAGCAGCGAUUUGCAUCGAUACGCAACGCAUCUGCAUCGCGCGAAUGUCGCCGCCUUCGCCGAUGCAACGUCAAUUUGAUGAAGAUCAACCACGUCGCGUGUUGCAUCGCCGCGAUUUAGCAUCGAUCACGGCGUGAUUGUCGUCCCGGUAUGAUUUCGGUAUGUUUUCUCGACGGAUUAACGAUUAUUGCGACAAUCAUCCGCGAUCUGCCCGUUUAACAAUUGUGGUAAUUAUAUACGAUUUCGCAUUUAAUUAAAAAAAAAAGAAAAAACAAAAAAGAUGUGAAGCAAUGAGCGGAAGA